GUAUGCAGCUAGGGCAGUUUGCUCACAGAUUCCCAGCUUGGUUUUUGGAGUCGUUAAUGCUUUGCUAUAAUAAGCUACAGGUCUUUCCCCAGCACCAGUAUCCGGUGUAAGCGCACUAACAAUACAGACAUUCUUAACACUAGGGUACAAAACAAAGGGGAAUUCGUUAUUAGGGGCGGCUAUGGUAGGUGCUUCCAUUAACCCUUUUUUCAGGCUUUCCCAUGUGUUAGUUGCCUCCUCUGUCCAAGUCCACUGUGGUCGUUUAAGUACCUCAUACAGAGGACCUGCUUUCUCUGCAUAACCAACCAUAAAUUCUCUGCAGAAGUUAGUGAGUCCCAAGAAAGACUGCAAAGAUUUAGUAUCCACUGGCACAGGGAGGUUAACGAUACACUUAACCCUUUCCUUAUCUACAGAUCUUCCCCCUGCACUGAGCCGAAUUCCAAGGUAUUGCACUUCUCUUUGUUUGAGCUGGAAUUUAGAGGGGUUAAGUUUCAAGCCGUAUUUUCGGCAGCUAGUCAGCAGCCGCCGCAUUAACGCUUCGUGUUCUUGCUCUGUUUCACUGACUAUUAAAAUGUCAUCUACAUACUGGACUAUUCUUCCCGUUUGUAACAAUCCCUCCUUUUCUAGCCUAUUUCUCACUACAGUAUGAAAUAUUGUGGGUGCGUCACAGUACCCCAGAGGCAAAACAUUGCAACAGUAUUGUACACCCUGGAACACAAAAGCUGUUCUGUAUUGGGACUCUGGGUUUAAAGGUAAACUCCAAAAGCCAUUUGCCACAUCGAGUACUGAGAACCACUUCAUAUCAGGGGUUACCACCUCCAAUAAUUCUGGGUAGGCAGCCACCAAUGGUGCUCCCUGUUUGGCAGUUCUGUUUAAUCCCCGAUAGUCAAUAGUUAAUUUCCAUGUUCCAUCAGGUUUUCUAACUGGCCAGAUUGGUGCUGCAUUAGGUGCCGAACACCUUCUAAUUAAGUUUCGUUUUUCCAAUUCUUCUAUUACUUGUCGUAAAGAUUCUUUUGCUUCCUGAGGGAUUGGGUAUAGUUUUAUGUAUGGGGGUGUAUCCCCUUCUAAAGUGACAGAGGUCUGCAUUUCUCCCGUAUCUAGGGAGUCAGCUGUCCCGACGGCUCGAAUCUCAGCCCACCAACCUUCCCAGCCUUUCGGCGAAGGAGGUGGCUGUUUAGAUGUUAUUGCUUUUACCGUCUGCGUAGCAAGCCCCAUAGGGAUCAGAAGCUCUUGAACGUUACAGAGAAGCGAUUCGUAAGACAAUCAAACUCUGCAGGAAACGAGAUUCGGGUCACAUUUUAAACCAAACUAUCAUUAUAAAAGAGAAGAAGCGGCACACAGCUACAGAAAUAAUAAACUAUAUUUACAGAAGCCAGGAGCGUGUGGAUACCGUUCAUUCAGAAGACCUCUUCACUACCCAAGAGCAACGUUCCACGUGGAUGUUACUGGUGGGAGGUGCUGGAACGGGGAAAAGCUACAUCUCCAGAAGGCUCCUGCAGAAAUGGGCUUCAGGAAAAAACAAGAUAUUCUACAGCGGCGUGAUUUAUAUACCGUUUAGUGACUUGAACUCCAUUGAGAAUCCAAUCAGUAUGCAAAGAGCUCCUGCAAUACAAGUGCAAAGAGCUAUCUCCAGUUCUUACAGAUAUACUCAAUAACAACCAAAUAUUAAUUAUUCUCGAUGGACUGAAUGAGUUCAAGUAUGAUCUGAACUACACCCAGUACCACAGUAGUAGAAAAGUUGAUAUUGUAUUGAUGAUGCCUUGCCUGUAAAUACAUUGCUCUCCAAACUCAUAACCAGGAAUCUUCUCCCAGACAUAGAUGUUUUGUUGUCUGCUCAGUUUCAUGCAGUGAGUGAAAUUUGCAAGCAUUUUAAUUAUUUAUUUGUUAUCAUUAGAUGCACUGCUGAUCAUAUUAAGCAAUACUAUGAUACAUUUACUUUAGUUAAUCCGACAUUGAAACCUAACUCUAACUCAGCAAGCAGGUGUGAAUUGUUGGCAUUGUACUUAUUUCCUCUUCAAAUCAAAAUCUUACGGGACACACUGAUGGAAAUUUCCAAAAGUCGUGGUAUCAGGGAACACAACAGUGUUUUGAUCAGCCGUGGAGAAAGUAAAGAAAACUGUUGUGUGAGCAUAGAAUCAGGUGAAACGGAUACAAUUGGCCUUCUACCAUCGCUAGAACUUCCAGAGCAUGUUAAAGAAAUUAUCUAUUGACUGGGGAAAGUUUCCUAUGAGCAUCUGCUCGUUGGUGUACAGGAAAUAAAGAGAGAGGAUCUUGAGAGAUGUCAUAUUGAUCCCAAACUUCUCACAAAGUGCUUUUCCAGUUUCAUCUCUCAGGUGGAGAGAGGUGGUGAAAUUUUUGCAUAUUGCCAUAAUGGUGCAAGGGACAUGUUUGCUGCCUUGUACUGUGUCCGGGAAAUCCAGGAGGAGGAGGAGCUUAAACAGUGCCUGGAUGCCUGGGUUUUAGGGUAUAUCCUUGCAAAUUACAAAGAGGAAAGUCUCGUAAAGAAAGUCACACUCAAUCAUGUGGAAAAAUUGCACAAUUUCAUCAGGUUUUUCAUGGGCCUUUUGCCUUACAGAAGCACUGAAAGCCUCUUGCAUGAUCCGGUUCCACUCAAUGGUGCUAUAAAAAACUCCCUUCUGAAGUGGUUCGAACACCGCGUUGCGAGAGACCUUAGUCAAACGACUACACGAAACCUUCUCCUUUGCAUUUUUGAACUGCACGAUGCUUCUCUCACAGAAUAUGUGUCUCGCUGCUUUGAGCACAUUUUUCUGUAUAACACCCUCCUCAGUGCUGCAGACGUUGGAACCUUGCAGUACAGUCUGGAGAAAACCACUCUAGACAAAGUAGACCUAAGAGGGUGCGGUCUGGGAGAUGCAGGACUGGAGCAGUUAUCUUCUGUAAUAGGGAGCAGCAGAGAAGUCUGUUUGUGUCACAAUUAUAUUGGCGAAGCGGAAACCCAAAACAUUACGAACUUCUUGAAGCAUCGAGAGGACUUAAAGGUUGUGAUGAAGAUUACAGACGACGAAAGGCUGGUCAGCUAUGUGGCCGACAGAAUGCAGCAUUUACCUGGUGAAUUGCAAAGAUAUGAUAGCGAGCUUGUCCUUUAUAUUCUCCAGAAUUUACAGAAUGAACUUGAGGAUGAAGAAAAUUUAAGUGGCCAAAUGAAAGAAAACAUGAUAACACUAAAAAAGAACAUUGCCCAAUUGCUAGCAGACAGACAUAGAAAUAGGAGGAAAUAGCGUGACAGGAAUAUGAACCAAUGUGGCCUACUUUCAGGAGAUAGGCUGGAACAGAUGUCAAGACUCUGGUUUAUUCUAUUCUAAAUACAGUAACUCCUCAGUUAACCCGGUUAACGUUGUUUCGUUGCUGACCAAUCAGAGAACAUGCUUGUUUAAAGUUGCCCAAUGUUGUUUGGCAGCCGCCUGCUUUGUCCACUGCUUGCAGG